AUGAAUUACUACGGUUCCAAAUUCCCUUCUGGUCGGAGUCUGCGAGGGCAAGGUGCGGCACUAUGUAAGGAAUACGCGUACCGUUCGCUCGUCACUGUCACGGUUCACAAAAUUGUUUUCUCCCGUGGGGCCAAGUUCGGAAUUUACAAUCCUGUUACACGGAAGAUGGUGAUUGCCAAUUCGGACUCGACCAACACGCUCGUGAGUCUCGAUGACUACAACAACGGUGGAUUCAAGUGUAAGGCAAUCUGGGCGUCCCACCAACAAAUCCGUGAAGCACCCACGCACGAACACUGGUUGAUACCCACCGCGUUGCGGGUUCCGGAAGAUUCAUCCGUGCGUUUGGAGGAUACGGACAACUCGUGCAGUCCAAGUAGAACUUCUUCCUCGGAAGCAUUGCGAUUGGUUCAUUUACCCACAGAGUCGUCUCCCUACACGGUCGACGAAUGUUUGGGGAACGUUCCGGCGAUUCGGCAGCGCUGUAGCGACUUGCUGGAGUCCGGUACGCGGCACUACCACGCGAGUUCUCCGGCACGGAUCCUGUACGUGGCACAAGGCGAGGUUGCCUACGCCGUGCCCAGACAGUGUGAUGUUAUCGUCAGUGACAAGGCAACAACCUGUCACGUAUUAAUACUGAAGAGUGUGUCGGAUCACGCUGCGCCCCUCGUCUCGUGUGCACACAUUGAUGGAGAUCGGUACGAAACUUGUAUUCGCGACAUGUUUCGGCGUCACCAAACGCAUCACGAAGAAUCGGCCGAUGCCGAAAUGGAUAUUCAUAUCAUGGGGGGCUUUGGAGACGAGCACGGUGCAAGCCGUGUCAUUACCUCUUGGUUGGUGCGAUUGCUCGCCGCGCUAGCCAAGGAAACCCAACCAGUGUUCCAUACAACCACGUUAGGAACCUGUGCCGUCACGUCACUAAACCAUUGCAACGACAGCAAAUAUCCAUCUCCUAUUGGUCGUGGUCUAGCCAUGGAAAUGGAGUCGGGCAGAGUCUUUUUGGCCUCUUGUGACACCGCCGUGGCUGGCCCCAAUACGGUUCUCCGGUCCGUGCGACUCUGGGCACCCCAAGCACAGCCUCGAUUGCACGUCAUUCACGAAGCUCACCGGGACGGUAUCAUUAUUCGGCCCUUUGCGUACAAACCGUUUGCCGAUAUUGGUACCUUACUGGCCUUGCCCGACGAUCUACUCUUGACCUACACGAGUACGUCGCCCGACUGUGAACAAGACGAUUUUUGCGGCGCUCUCCGGGAGACUCUACGUUUUCUGCAAACCGUCCCAGCCGCAUCGGUCUUUGGACCCGACCUGGGUCAGCCCUUGGUGUACCGACGUACGGGACGACUAGGAAACCGAUGGAUGCUGGUCCGGUGAUGCCUUGGAUCUUUUUGUCCUCCGAAGAACUGGUGUAAUGGCAGCUUUUUCCUACAACUACAUAUACUAUUCUUCCCUACACUUUCGGAUCCCGACGAGUUUUCUCUGUGUCGUCAUUUUUGUGAUCCACCACUCCUGGAAAUCUUUCACUUGAAAAUUAUGUAAAAACGCACUUGAAGUUUGCUGUAAUAUAAAUUACCAAUUUUUUUAUCCCU